UCGGUCGAGAUCAUCUCAAGGAGAAGUCAUGGCGACUGUGGAUCCGAUCGCUCUCGAUCUCGUCGAUUUCCUCAACGCUUCGCCCACCAACUUCCACGCCGUCGAUGAGGCGAAGAAGCGUUUGAAGCAAGCUGGGUUCGUGCAUCUGUCGGAGAGAGAGGAUUGGGUGUUGGAACCGGGGGGGAAGUAUUUCUUCACGAGGAACCAUUCCACCGUCGUCACCUUUGCCAUCGGAAAGAAAUAUGUUGCCGGGAAUGGAUUUCACAUCAUUGGAGCACAUACUGACAGCCCAUGCCUCAAAGUGAAGCCUGUCUCCAAGGUAACAAAAGGAGGAUAUCUUGAAGUUGGUGUCCAGACAUAUGGUGGAGGACUUUGGCAUACCUGGUUUGAUCGUGACUUAACCCUUGCUGGAAGAGUGAUAAAGAAAGAAGUGAAGGAUGAUUCAGUAUCCUACUCACACUGCCUUGUCAGGAUUGAGGAGCCCAUCCUUCGAAUUCCUACCCUGGCUAUUCACCUAGAUAGGAGUGUUACAGAAGCCUUCAAGUUCAACACACAUAGUCACCUCAUACCUGUGUUAGCAACAUCAGUGAAGGGUGAGAUUCAGAAGCUUGUAGAUCAAAAUGGUCCCUGUAAGUCAAAUGCACAAGCAAAUGUUGAUAACAAAAUACAUCAUCCAGUGCUACUGCAGCUUAUUGCUGACCAGGCUCAUUGCCAUCCAGAUGAAAUUUGUGACUUUGAGCUGCAAGUCUGCGAUACUCAACCAAGUGUCAUAGGUGGUGCAAUGAAGGAAUUUAUCUUCUCGGGAAGGGUUGAUAACCUUUGCAUGUCAUUUUGUGCACUAAAGGCAUUAAUAGACUCCAUCUCUGUUGGAAGUUUGCUUGAUGAAGAAUCUGGUGUCAGGAUGGUGGCAUUAUUUGAUCAUGAGGAGGUUGGAUCAAAUUCAGCUCAGGGAGCUGGAUCUCCCGUCAUGUUGGAUGCUCUGUCAAGGAUAACAAAGUCUUUUGAUUCUUCAGAUCCCAGGUUUCUUGAGAAGGCAAUCCAAAGGAGUUUUCUUGUUUCAGCAGACAUGGCACAUGCUUUACAUCCUAAUUUUAUGGACAAGCACGAGGAAAAUCAUCAACCGAAACUACAUGGUGGUCUUGUUAUUAAACACAAUGCCAAUCAGCGUUAUGCCACCAAUGCUGUUACUGCAUUCAUAUUCCGAGAAAUUGCAGAAAUGCAUAACUUACCCUUUCAGGAUUUUGUGGUUCGGAACGACAUGCCAUGUGGUUCAACCAUUGGUCCCAUACUCGCAAGCGGUGUCGGAAUUCGGACUGUCGAUGUUGGUGCGCCUCAGUUGUCGAUGCAUAGCAUUAGAGAAAUGUGUGCUGUUGACGAUGCCAAACACUCUUACGAGCAUUUCAAGGCAUAUUUCAACGAGUUCACGAAACUUGAGAAGAAAUUAGUCGUCGACCUUUAAUCAAUUGCCUUCAAAUGAAAUGGAUGAUGGUAGGUUUCAUGGUUAUAUUUUACUCUAAACUAACUUAUGUCGUGGCAUGAUAUUAUUGUGAGGAUCAACACAUUAGGGUUUGUAGCAAAAACAAAAAAUGUUAUAUUCUUAUUUAUGUAUAGAAACCAUCUUAACAACAAUUUCCUCGCUAAGGGCUUAUUGCAUCUAUAAAUUUUAGCUUCUGCUCUAGCCAGGAAAA